CCGAAAAAAAUCUUUUUUCUUAAAGUGGUUUAAACGAGAGUUUCUUACACGUGCUGAUCAAAAUAACGAGUGCUUCUUUUUGUGAUGUUUAAAUUUAAAGUUUGUAUUAUCUUGGAAUAUUGAGGAACAUUCAACGAAUUGUUUAAAUAAUAUUAAAUGAUAUUAAUUAUUUAAUUUUAAACUAUUGCAAAUAAAUACGAAUCACGUGGUCUUAAAUGGGACUUUUGGAGACGGCUUUGCAUCUUCGCACAAACAAAUUUGCAAUCCACAAAAAAGACAGACUUUCAUUCCAGAGAGUAAACAAUACUAUCAUUGGUAAAAAAUGUCCAAGUAAUUAUAUAAAUCUUGGAAACUUGAUUUUGAGCGCAUUUACAAAUAGACCGAAAUUCAUUGGCCAGAUAGAUGCGGAAACGGGAGAAGAAAUUACAUUCCAUCAGAUGAGGGAGGAAAGUGUGAAGUUAGCAUUAUGGCUAAAAAAACGAGGUAUUAAAAAAGAGGACAGAGUAACGAUAUGCACAUGCAAUCAAAUGCUCGCCUACGUGCCGUUUUUGGCAUGCAUUUAUCUCAACCUUGUUGUAUUUCCUUGGGACACCGUUUAUAUAAAAAACAUUAUGAGAACUCUUUAUUUUUUAAUGGAAUCUAAGCCAGACGUAAUCUUUAUUGACGAUGAAAUUAUUGCGGAAUUCGAAAUGGCUUUAAUAAUUGCACGACUACACGACAAGAUGCGAAUUUUUCCAAAAAUAAUAAUUCUUGAUAAGAAAUCUGGCCUAACAAAAGGAUAUGACUCUCUCGGUUCAAUUUUGAACAGCGAGUUUGAUCAAUUUGAUAUCGAUAUGUUUACGUGCGCAAAACAUAGUGAAAAGGAAAGAAUAAUAACAAUGUAUUCUUCGAAUACGGCCAAUUAUCCUGGCGAGGCGUACAUUUGUUACGGAGCGUUCUUGGCUCCAUCGAACAACCAAACACCAGUUAUGAAAUCGGACGACAUUGGCCUUUGGUACGAAUCUCUAAAUUGGACUCACAGUCUGCUAUUGACUAUUCGUUGUAUACUUUAUUAUGUGACAGCGAUCAAAGCAUCCACGUUCAGUCACGAAAAUUUAUGCCAAAUAGUAGAUAAAUAUAAGGUAACGUGGGUGUUUCUUAAAACCAAUAUGUGCAAUAAAUUAUCUGAUACCAAUAUCUUUAAAAAAUAUAAACUCUUUUCCUUAAAAAAAGUGCUAUUUGGUGAUACAGCAAUUAGACGCGACAUUCAUGAAAAUCUUAUCAAAUCGUUACCGAACGCAUCUAUCAUUCAAGUAUAUUGUCUUUCGGAAACAGGUGUGAUCGCUUAUCAACGACAUACCGGUAAGAUCGGAUCCAGUGGUCACGUGAGUAAUAAUAUUCAAUUAAUGUUUAUUAAUUCAAAAACAAGACAACCUGUCGGUCCAUAUACACAUGGCGAAAUCUGGUGCCAAAGUCCAAUCAAGUUGGGAGGUUUUGACAGAGUAAAAAAGUUACAGAGUAAAUACGACGCGAAACGUUCGUGUGAAGGAUGGUAUUAUACCGGAGACGUGGGCUACUUUAACGAAAACGGUGAGAUUUUUGUCAUCGGUAAAUUGAGAGAUAUUAUUCAAUUUGAUGGUAGUAGUAUUGUGCCGACAAAAAUCGAGGAUGUAUUACAACGUCAUCCAGCUGUAUCUGAAGCUGCCGUGGUUGGUAUAAAGGAUGAAGUCGUCGGCCAGCUUCCAACGGCAUUUGUUACAAAAAUGCCAGGAGCAAAGAUAACGAAAGAAGAGUUGAUGGAAUAUGUGGAAGAUAAUAUGGCUGGAUAUUAUGUCCUUCGUGGGGGACUGCGCUUCCUUAAAAGCAAAAUGCCAUAUCUUCCCAAUGGAAGAAUCGAUCGAUUGAGGGUUAAACAUAUGCCAUGUGAAAGUGAUGAAGAUGAAGAUUACGAUGAAGAUUACGAGUAAGCCUUACAUUUUAUGAUUAUCAAAAGUAUACAUCACAUAUCAAUUAGCAAUAAGAUAUAUAAAAUGUUAAUUAUUUAUUACAAAAAUUUAUGUGUCAUUUAAUUAUAUUAUCAAAACUUCAAAUUUAAAUUAAAUUUAAAAUUCUAUUAAAUUUUAUUUAAUUAACCAUAAUAAAAUUAAUCAAAAAAUGUAUAUUGUUAUUUGUUCGUUCUCCGAUUCAUA